GUUAAAUUCAAUAUGGCGGAAAGUUCGAAGUCUGAAGACAAACAAUGUACAAAACCUGUGUGUAUCAUUACAUUGGGAAUGGCAGGGUCAGGAAAAACUACAUUUGUACAGGUUGUACUUUCCUGCAGCUAGGCAUAUAAUUUUCUGCAUUAUUUUUGUUGUAAAUAAAUAAAUAAUCGAUGUUUUUCUAAAUAUAUAAAUGCCAAAUGCAGUUAUAAAUACUAAGUUACUUAUACCGUUGUUUGUGUCUAUAAAUAAAGCGUGAUCAGUCACAAAAUAAUGAAGAUUUUCUUGCAUGAAACUUGACAUACAGUUUCAUGCAUCAUUUAUCUAUCUGCCUGACUGGAAAGUUUGGAAAUUGCGCACCCAAGCCUGAUAUCUGUGUUGCACAAUACAAACUUUCCAAACUAGUGACGAAUCUGACGAUCAGCAACAGUACAACCAGACUGCUAUAGGCCAAGUUACAUGAGGGCUGCAUCACUAAAUAGGACGUCCUACUUUAUUAUUUUACUCCUUCUAGAGCCAGAUUAUUUUUACAUGUCAAGAGGAGAGUGCUGCUACUCAAUGGGUUAAUAUAUUAUCUGAAUUCUGUUUGCAGAGAAUCAAUGCUCACCUACAUGCAAAGAAAACACCACCCUACGUUGUUAACUUAGACCCAGCUGUGUAUGAAGUACCUUAUCCCGCAAACAUUGACAUUCGAGACACAAUCAAGUAUAAAGAGGUCAUGAAACAGUACAAUAUGGGACCCAACGGUGGAAUUAUGACGUCCCUAAACAUGUUUGCUACCAGAUUUGGACAAGUUAUUCAAUAUAUAGAGAAAAGGGCAUCAGAAUUCAAGUAAGAACUAAAUUGGUAAAAAUAUUAUACCAUUUGUGUUCAAGUGUUACCCCACGGUGCAAUAAAAAGUUGUUUCCAAGUUUUGCAACCAACUUUGUGAUUGUACAACUUUACAUUUAAUUUCAAACCUCAUUCCCAGGCUCACCUCUUCAUGUGGAGGAAAGACCAUGGUAGGAGCUGGUCACAUGAUCUGCUAAAAUCUAGCAGAUUUUCAGGGGUGUUAUACGUUUUGGGACUUGGAUGGGAGCCCCCCCCCCCAAAUUUCGGGGCUAUUUUUAUUGGGGGGGGGGAUUCCCCUUCCUGUAGUCACAAACCUAGACUUCAUUUUCUACGCUCACCUAUUUCCAAGUGAGGCAAGUGGUAAUAAGGAUGAAAUUUCCUGCAAAUUUCCUUGGUGGAAAUUUGCAAUAGACUUUCCUCUCUAAACUAUCUGUUCUUAUGAGUUCGGAAUUCUGCGAACACAGUGAUCUGCUAAAUCAUGAUUGGUUUUAGUGUAUAUCAGCUGUAUAUUUGGCUGGAUUUCAUGAAUCCUGAAUUUCCUGAUUGGCUACAAUUUCAACCAGGUAAUUAUUUCUGAUAGUAAGUAAAAGUUGGAUCAACCUGCAAAAUUCAGUACUUUAUUUCAAAAUAAUCUGUCUAGUAAUAAACUGUGAAAAGGCCAAAAAAGAAGCCAAAAGGCCAAGCAAAAAUAGAGAAGCCAAAAUCAAGUUAUUUGGCCUCCAAGAGGCAAAUCUACCCACCCUGUACAAAUGUGAAAUUUUCUUCAAUUUUCCAUUUAAUGGAAAUUUCCUGUUUCAUUUGAGCCGUUAUUACUGAGUGUUUCCACUUUUCAAAAAUUUCUUAAAAUUUCCAUUUUGAUUCCCUCUCUAAUUCGGACAACGCAUAUCUCUUCUAGACAUGUGUUAUUUGACACACCCGGUCAGAUUGAGGUAUUUACAUGGUCAGCGUCAGGUGCCAUAAUUACGGAAUCUCUUGCGUCAUCAUUUCCUACUGUCGUUGCAUACGUCAUGGAUACUGCUCGCUGUGUGAAUCCUGUCACGUUUAUGUCAAAUAUGCUGUACGCUUGCAGCAUUAUGUAUAGAACUAAACUUCCUUUCAUAGUUGUCUUAAAUAAGGUAAGAAUAUUAACUCUUUGUGAUUACGCCCAGUAAAAAUCGAUCUCCCAAGAUAUAUAGUUAUAAUUUCACCUCAAUUGCAUGUGCAAAGAUUAACGCCCGUAUUCUAAAAGCUCACUCACACUCAAUGAGUGGAGGUUCAAUCUGAGCUUCUCUUGAGUGUCAAUGGUGUUUUUGAAUAGCUGGAGGGCUAGUGUCAUACCUUACUAUGUGACUACUCACCCUCCAGCUAUUCAAAAACACCAUUGACACUCAAGAGAAGCUCAGAUUGAACCUCCACACAUUCAGUGUGGGUGUGAGUGAGUUUAGAUUACGGGCGUAAGAGUGUGUCCAGUUUGACACGAGCUAUGAAACGCAGAAAGUUUCCCCUGAGUAUUCCAGUUUUCUCCUGUGCUAACACCGGAGCAAUAAGGUAUAACCCUGACGGGACCUCAAGGGCGGAUCUGGCCUGAUUUGGGGGUUCAUUACUAUGGGGCUCCGUGGCUACGUUUUAUGGUGAGCCGCCGUAUUGGUGCUUGAAUAUUUUCUCGCAUAUUCGAAAAUCGGUCGUUUCAUUAUAAUAAUUAGUAGUAUUCACAACUCAAAUAUGGAAUACCAGAGUUGUCAGAGAGGGAAGGGGGGGGGGGCAUUAUCGUUGUGUAGUGCAAUUUUUCGAAAUACAGUGCCAGGUACAGUACCGAACAGUGAAAUACAGUGCAUUAAAAAGUGAAAAUAAUACUAUUAGUUACAAAAAAACACAAACAUAACGAGUGGCAAAAUUUUCUAAUAAAAUUGUUUAUUAAAAUUAUCUAUUUCACAUGUGACCUACGCAAUGGAUAUGACUUCAUAAUUUUUUCAAGUACAUUAUUAAUAAGUAAUGCUACGGUCCCUCGUGGAAUUCGGAAUAGUCACUCGUGAGUUUUCAAAGACUUCAAAUUGCAAUUUUCCUUCGGACUCGUGCAAUUUCGAUAGUCUUUGAAAAACUCACACGCGCAUGUUUUUCCAAAUUGCACUCGAAACCAUACUAUUACGGGACCGGCUAAACGGAGAGUUAUGAAGUGGAGAGUUAUCUCGGAGAGUUAUGAUUUCGGAGAGUUAUGUUCGAACCACGCCCACAUAACGCCCACUUUUCCCAACGACCACACCCAAUUUCUUAACUCUCCCGACGUUUCCUUGAACUAACAUGAGAGAGUUAUGUUUGACGUAACUCUCUCUCUCCUUAACAUUACGAAGAUGUUAGAGAGUUAUCAUUUUUUAUAACUCUUCACGUUCAUGAUUGUGGCAAUGAAGAGAGUUAAAUCAGUUUUUUGAAAAAAACUUCCACAUAUUAGUAAAUUUUUAUAAAUUUACUUUUUUCUCAAGUGUCAGCUUUAACAUUUCACGCUAAGUAGAAACUAUAAUAGUACUUUAGUACUUACCAAGUUCAUCUAUAUGUAAAUGUUUAUAUAAAUAUACAUGCUCACUUAGAUUAUCUAGCAAGACCAGCAUUCAGAUACAUAUUAGAUAGAACCAGAAAAUCUUUCCAAUGUAAUGCCCUAUUGACUGAUCUGGGAAAGUAUUUCCAAAACCUGAAUUGCUGAAAGAUUCAAUUUUCUUGCAACUAUGCUUGCCGUAUUUACUGCCAAAUACACGUUAAAACAUGCUUCUGGGGGUACUUUGACCCUUCUGAUGCAAGGGUCUCAUUGUUUUGACCGAGUCAAGUUGUACUAUUUCCUGUUUGGACGCACGCUAUUCACACGCUACAAACUGAAAUACCAAAAUAUAAGAUGAAAAUCUGAAGAAACAAGCUUUACUAAGGUUUUCUCAAAAAACUGACUUAACUCUCUUCAUUGCCAUAAUCGUGAGCGCAGAGAGUUAUAAAAAAUGAUAACUCUCUAACAUCUUCAUAAUGUUAACGAGAGAGAGUUACGUCAAACAUAACUCUCUCAUGUUUGUUCAAGGAAACGUCGGGGGAGUUAAGAAAUUGGGUGUGGUCGUUGGGAAAAGUGGGCGUGGUUUGAACAUAACUCUCCGAAAUCAUAACUCUCCGAGAUAACUCUCCAGUUGGUAACUCUCCCUUUAGUCAUACCCUACUAUUACCUAUAUACAUAUACUGCAAUUCCCUAAUGCUUUUACCAAUAUAUUAGACAGAUAUUGUUGAUCACAGUUUUGCAAAAGAGUGGAUGACAGACUUCACGGCAUUUCAAGAAGCAUUAUCCCAAGAGACAACGUAUAUCUCAAGCUUAUCAAGCUCGUUAAGUUUGGUCUUGGACGAGUUUUACGAAGGUUUACGAAGCGUUGGUGUAUCCUCUGUGACGGGGGCGGGCAUUGAUGAUUUUUUUAAAGCGGUCGAGGAAGCUGCCUUAGAAUACGAAACAGAUUAUAAACCUGGUAAGGUUUUGGGAUGGGUUUAAACAGGGCAGGAAAAAGGAAUUUUCUUCCUGGGAGCUAAAACUGGAGACAAAAAUAUCCUGCAGACCAACGGAGUACUUUUGUGCUAAAUCUACAUGUGGAUAAACAUAUGUUUUAGCUGAUCAUGGUUUUAAAUUCAAGGAAUAAUGUCUGUCAACCAUAUGUUGUUGCGCCCAUAGUGGGACAUGGGUGUUAAGGUUUCCUUCAAAAUUUUCAAUAGCAAAUCUUCAAUCAAACGAAUUUCCUGCAGCUGUUUAACAUUUCCUGCGAGCAGUGCUCGCCUAUUUUUUUCCACCCCUGGGUCCAAAAUUGAAUGCCACACCAGGGCGUUGUUUAAGAAUUUGUCACUGGGGAGUCGGGCAUGUACAGAAAGAGACUGUCCUAUACAGAGUAUGGAGAGAUGACAGAUUUGGUGUGGUGUCGUAUCAUGGGGUGGGGGGGGGGGGUUGGGAGCAUCCUCCCCCAGAAAAUGUCCAUAUUUUUCCACCACUAGGACUGCAUUUUGUGCGUUUUCUGAAACAGAUUUUUGGAUAUACAGCGUUAUAUUAUAUGCAGAUAGACUGAAUCUUCAGUUCAGUACUUGCAUGGUAUGUUUAUGUAAAUACCGCCGGUUACUUUGUUUAGUACUUGUAAUAUCAAUUCUGCUCUCCUUCCUCCACUCUAAGCUUUCGAACAAAGUUAUUUUUCCUCAACUUGGUCUAUACUUUAUAGCCUGGUUAUUUUCGAAAACGACGUACUAUUUCGUAAAACCGAUUCAGUUAUUUGCCAUCUUAAAUCUUGAAGUUACCUUGUUGAAGAAUGAAAGUAGUGAUACAUUAUAAUUUGGUUACAGCGCUCAGUUGUGACUUGUGUUGUUAUCGCCUAACUAACCAACAUACACUAUGUGUUUUUGAUGUUACUCUGAGUGUAUAUCCACACCGGGCAGGCUGAAAAGUUUGCCUGACCACGGUGGGAAUCCAACCCGCGACCUUUGGGAUACUAGUCCAAUGCUCUCCCAACUGAGCUACAAGGUCAAGUCGGUUCGACUGUGUGGUAUUUCGGAACUAAGUCUAGUACCGUCGAUACCAAUGCGUUCUUAUGAUCAUGAUAUUUUUUGUGUGUGUUUUGAUGUUAUGUAUUCAGGUGAAUAAAUGUUUUUGAUGUUACUCUGAGUGUAUAUCCACUAGUUAAUCCCCCUCCCAAUAGCGGCCUACUUUAUCAAAACAGACAUAUACUCAAUAUCAGACAUAUACAAUAAUUCUGAAAGCCCAUUGUAAGUUUUGAAGGAUUUUUAAGACAUAUUUGAGGGAAGAUGACUCAGUCAGAUUCAAUUUACCUAUGCAAAAUUCAAAAAAAAAAGAAGAAAAAAAAAAGUUUUUAUGAAAAAAAAAAGAAAAAAAAGAAAAGUUUUUAUGCAAAAACUACUAGCCUUGAAACUAAACAACACUCCUUUAUUAUGCUUGUGAUGUUACUCUGAGUGGAUAUGCAUCCACACCGGGCAAGCUUGAAAAAUAUGCCUGUCCACGAUGGGAAUCGAACCUACGACCUUUGGAAUACUAGCCCAAUGCUCUGCCAACUGAGCUACGCGGUCAGGCCGGUUCGAGCAUGUGAUAUUUCGGAACCGAAUCCAGUCCCCUCGAUAUCAAUGUAAUUUUUAUCUCCUUUAUUAUUUCGUAGAGUAUGAAAGACUAAAACGCGAAAAACAGGAGGCUAUAACAAAAUCCAAACAGGAACAGUUAGAAAAACUACAAAAGGACCUCGGACAUGGUGAAUCUGUUGUCAUGGAAACAAGCACUGCGGACUGGCAGCCACAACCGAGCAAGAACCCAGAGAUUUCUCUCGGGGCGAAUGACGAGGUAGAGCCGAACGUUGAUGGCGAUGAAAUACCGGAAGACCCGCAAGAACAGCAGUCAUUUCAACGUUUUCUUAAAAGAGAACAUGCAAAAUCGUCUACUUCAAAAUCAUAGUUUUAUCGUUCUAAGGGACCGGUCAUAAAUGUUUUUCUUGGUAAAAAUGAUCCAACUAUUUAAAAAAUUUUUAAAAUUUUGUACCCGACUUCAAAUAACAACUAAAAGAUAAAUACCUACCCCUGUCCAAAAACGUUACAAAAGGAUACCAUUCAGUUGUCACACAUGUCCUUUACCAUUUCUGUGACAUGAGUUUGAUAACUGGUUGUGCAAUUUUCUGCAGUCUAAAGUUUCAUGUUGUCUGCACAUGUACUUUCUUUGGAGACACCAUUUGCCUCCUGACAAAUCGGCAAAUGAUCAAGAUUGUGACUCUGAUUUAUUCACAUAUUCUAUUUGACAUAUGACUGUUGACACUGCUUUUUAGUCUUCAAUAUUUGAGUGAGUCAUGCUUUCGAAAUGACGAUAGAUUUAUAUUACCCAACCCUUGAGUCGUUUUGUUUUUCAUUUACCCAACCUUUUACUUACUCAAAAUUUUGUUUGCCCAACCCUUUUCUCUUUGGUGCCACUCCCUCCCCCCCCAUAAAUAAUGACCGUUUCCUAAUCAUAAAUGUUGUAUUGCUUUUAUUCAGAGAUAACGUUAGACGAAUGAAUUUCGACGACAAAAACCGACUGGAAUUUUUCUGUUUCUGUCUGGUGUUAUGCAUUCGGGUGAAGAUAUAUGUUUGUGAUGUUGUCUCUGAGUGCGUCCACACCGGACAAGCUAAAAGGUUUGAACCCGCGACCUUUGGUUGCUAGUCCACAAACAUCUAUCUUCACCUGAGUGCAGGGCCCCUAGCCCCGUGGUGCCCCCCCCCCCACUCGACCAUCUUGCCCUCCCCCAGUCAAAGUCUCUCUAAAAUAUAAGCAAAACUUUGGAAGAAACAUGAAAUUUAGAAGGGAGGUUUGAUAUUCUAAUAGUUGGAAUUUGCUCAAAAAUUUGCUUUGUGAAUCUUAUGUCCUGUCUCUUAUCUUCAAAUGAUUCAAUGUCUUUUUAAAAAUGCUAAACAUAUUUCCAACUUCCAAGUGGAUAGCCCCUAUUCAAGACCCUAUAGAUUUGAGUUAUUUUUUUUAAUCAUAUUGUCGUAACUUUGUAUGUAGACACAUAAUGUAGUGGCAAAUUUAUAGCGGUUGGUCAUAGAAUAAGAAAUGAAGAAUAAAAUAGAAUAAAUAGAUAGAAUAAAUAAAUAGAAAUUCAUUUCCUAUUCUAUGUCUGGGUUGUGAAUACACCCUUUCGAUAAUUAUGUCAUCUGGGAGCCUCGCUCUCAUGAAUUGUGAGCCAAUCACUCCUUGCGUAAUUUACUAAUGAGAACGAGGCUUAUCGAAGGGGUGUAUUAUGCAAGACAAUUGGACGAAUCGAGUUACAGCGUUAUCAAUUUUCAUCUUGAUAUUUGGGGCAAAUGGACCCCAAGCUGAAUUUUUUGUGCUCAAUUUAGUCUAUAUCCAAAAUUUAACGUUGUUUGGACAGUCUCGAAUUAUACAGCCUUGGAGAUUUCAUAUAUACAUUUGACUGGAAUUUGCGGUUGCAAGAAUGAUUUAAAACAUUUUCCUGCAGUAGCAAAUUCCAGUCAAAAGUAGGAGGGGG